UUACUUUUUAUUUUACGUUUUUGUAUAUUCUGUCGUCAUUUCAUUAAAAAAAUAUUUCAUUCAAUCGUUGCAUGUAAUAUUAUUUUUGUUGCUAAAUAGAGCUAGAUUUGUAUAAAUUAUAUUUGUUUAGCUUUUUCUCGAAUUUUGAAUAAUAUUACUAAUAUAGCUUCACUUCGAAUUUUUAAAACCGUGCAAAAAUAUUUGUGUGUCGUCAUUGAGUGAUCAUCUGAGUGCAUAAUAUCCAUUUUAUCAUAAUCAGUGCUAUAAAAAUUCUUCAAAUUGCGAUGUGGCGCAGGUAGUUAAUAUUAAUAACCGCGUGUGAAAUGUCACAACAUGGAUGCCCGGAGAGACUUUCGAAUAGAUCGAAGGGCUUUCAGGAAGAUGGGACGAGCCAACCCACGAUGGAAGUUUUGGUCGAAACCCUCACUGGCACCGCGUUUGAAAUGACCGUAUCGCCUUCAGACACCAUUUUCGCGAUUAAGUCCAAGAUAUUUAGAGUAGAAGGCAUCCCGGUGUCGCAGCAGCACCUGCUGUACAACCUGCGCGAGCUGGACGACGCGCGCUCGCUGCGGGAGCACGCGGUGGGCGACGGCGCGCGCCUGCGCCUCGUGCUGGGCCUGCGCGGCGGGCCCGUCUCCACGCGCCGCCUGCCGCCCGCCGACCCGCUGCGCGACAUCGAGCGCUUCCUCUACCCCAACAGAUCGGAUGAGGAGGAGGGCGAGCGCGGCUGCAAGGCCACGGUGCUCGUGUUCCGCGAGGGCGAGCGCGUCAACCUCGUGCGCGUGCGCGAGAACCGCGACGGGACCUACUCGCCGCUCGAGCGCGCCAAGUAUUCGUCGUCCCCCAGCCGACCGAGCGCGAGCGGCGCGACCGGCGGAGGGGGGGAGGGGGGCGCACUGCGGGACAACGCCGUGACGCUGGGCAAGAUGCUGGAGCUGCGGAGACGCAUGGAGACGCUCUCCGUGCGCCGGCGCGCCGACCACCGCCACGGCGAGGCGCACGACAUCCAGAAGACGCGGAGCGAGGAGACGCUGUCGGCGCCGUCGCUGCUGGAGGACGCGCACUUCGCGCCGCUCUACGACGGCCGCUACACGCGCUACGACUACGACUGCUCCUUCGCCGACCGCUACACGCUGCUGCCGCCCAUCGCCACGCGCGCCGACUCCGACCAGUCCAUCCAGGACUCCGUCGUCGAGGCGUCGCUGUCGGAGGCCUUGGCGGGUUCCAUAUUGGUGAAGGCGCGCGAGGACGAGCCUGCCAUCCUAGAGGAGUGCGACGACCCGGAACCGCUCGCUGCGGACCUGCCCGCUGAAUACGGCGCGCCCGGCGGCGCGUGGCGCGCGCGCGGCUUCGGCUCCAGCUGCGCGCUGGCCGGCGCGCCGCCGCCCGCCGCGCCGCGCCACGCGCGCUUCUCCUCCUCCACCUCCGACCUCGAGCAGCUCAAGCGGAACAGGAUGCUGCCGGCGCUGAGCCGCCACCGCAACCGCGAGCACCUGCACCUGAGCGACGACGGGCUGGACCUGCGCCCCGCCCGCCGCGCGCCGCCCGCCGCGCCCGCGCCGCCCGCCGCCCCCGCCCCCGCCGCCGCGCCCGCCGCGCCCGCGUCCCCCCGCAAGGCGGCGCGCGCGCGCUGCGGGCUGUGCCGCAAGCGGCUGAGCGUGGCGACGGAGCACCGCUGCCGCUGCGGGGCGCAGUUCUGCGCGCCGCACCGCUACGCGGAGGUGCACGGCUGCGCGUACGACUACAAGGCGGACGCGCCGCGCCACCUGCGCCGCGACAACCCGCUCGUGAGCGCGCCCAAGCUGCCCAAGAUAUAGGCGGGCGGGGCGGGCGCGGGGGGCCGCGGGGCGGGCGCGGGUCCGCCGUAACAUUUUCGUCGUAAAUCAUCUUCAUGUAAUUUUUGGGAGGCGAGACUCUGUACGCUUCGAACGUCCUUCUCGAACAUUUGAGUGUGUCUGGACUGAUUUUGAGUCGUCUUCGGACGGACACUCGCUCGAUUUUAUUUUUUAAAAUUUGCAGCGAGUCCGUGGGAGUUGAACGAAUUGUGAUAUAAUUGACCUAAAUUAAGAUUAAAAAAAUGUUAAAAAAUCAUCUGCCAUGUGUGUUUUUCGUAAUGAAAUAUAAUUGAGAAAAAAUUAUCAAAAAAAAUAAUUAUAUAAAUAGAAAAUUAAUGUUACAAAUCCUCCAUAUCGCCCUUAGUCGAUGGAGGUGCUUCGUUUGUGCUAGAACACUGAUUUCUAUUUUGUUGUAUAUUAAAUGUAAUGUUAGAUUAAUUGCUUGUAAUGAUUAUAAUUUUUGCGUGUAGCGGAACGUAUGUGCCCAGAGAUGUAUCGCAUACGGCCCGUACGGCCGGUAUGGCCUGGUCGCGCUCCGCGGGUGCCGAAUGGGCCAAAUUUAUUAUUAUCUGUGGUAUACUUUUGUGGUUAUUUUUUAUUAUUAUUAUUAUUAGGAAUUUCAUGAUUUGUAUUAAUUUAGAAUGUUUACUUUUUCGUAUUUAGGAAAUUUAUUUUUGUAAUGUGUAUUAUAGUAUCGUUUUCACUAACCAUUAUUAAUGACGAAAUCAAAUCUAUAAAUUGUCAUGCUUGAAGGUUGCUGUUAUUAAAAAUAUAUUUUAUAUAUAAAAA